UUUUUUUUUUUUUUUCCGGGCGGCCCCGGCGGCUGCGUACUGGCUGUGGGAUGGGAAGUGAAGCCCCAGCGAGCGGCCGCGGCGGGGCUGUGAGGAGCGGCCGGGGGGAGGCGGCGGCGGCGGCGGCGGCGCGUCGGUGAAGCAGCUGGGCAGCGCCGAGAGCCGGGGCGGAGCACCUGCAGGGCACGGGCGGCGGCGGCUGCAGCAGCACCAUGGCGAUUCGCAAGAAGAGUACCAAGAGCCCCCCGGUGCUGAGCCACGAAUUCAUCCUGCAGAAUCACGCGGACAUCGUCUCCUGCGUGACGAUGGUCUUCCUGCUGGGGCUCAUGUUCGAGAUAACAGCAAAGGCUGCUAUCAUUUUUGUUACUCUUCAAUACAAUGUUACCCACCCUGCUACAGAAGAACAAGCUACUGAGUCAGCAUCCCUUUAUUACUAUGGUAUCAAAGAUUUGGCAACAGUUUUCUUCUACAUGCUAGUGGCGAUAAUUAUUCAUGCCAUAAUUCAAGAGUAUGUGUUGGAUAAAAUUAACAGGCGAAUGCACUUCUCCAAAACAAAACACAGCAAGUUUAAUGAAUCUGGCCAGCUUAGUGCGUUCUACCUUUUUUCUUGUAUUUGGGGGACAUUUAUUCUCAUAUCUGAAAACUACAUCUCAGACCCAACUAUCUUGUGGAGGGCUUAUCCUCAUAACCUGAUGACAUUUCAAAUGAAGCUUUUCUAUAUAUCACAGCUGGCUUAUUGGUUUCAUGCUUUUCCUGAGCUGUACUUCCAGAAAACCAAAAAAGAAGAUAUUCCUCGCCAGCUUGUCUACAUUGGUCUUUACCUCUUCCAUAUUGCUGGAGCUUAUCUUUUGAACUUGAAUCAUCUUGGACUUGUUCUUCUGGUGCUGCAUUAUUUUGUUGAAUUUCUUUUCCACAUUUCCCGCCUGUUUUAUUUUAGUGAUGAAAAAUAUCAGAAAGGGUUUUCUUUGUGGGCAGUUCUUUUUGUUUUGGGAAGACUUCUGACUUUAAUUCUUUCAGUUCUCACUGUUGGCUUUGGCCUUGCAAGAGCUGAGAAUCAGAAGCUGGAUUUUAGUACUGGAAACUUCAACGUGUUAGCUGUUAGAAUUGCUGUUCUGGCAUCCAUUUGCAUUACCCAAGCAUUCAUGAUGUGGAAGUUCAUUAAUUUUCAGCUUCGGAGGUGGAGGGAACAUUCUGCUUCUCAGGCACCACCUGUGAAGAAGAAGCCAACAAUGGCUAAAGGCAGAUCUUCUAGGAAAGGAACAGAAAAUGGUGUUAAUGGAACAGUAACUUCAAGUGGAGCAGACUCUCCCCGUAAUAGAAAAGAAAAAUCUUCAUAAAGGAUUAUAAUCCAAUUGAUUCAUGUCCCCAAAGAAAUAUGCUUUUUACUAUAUCUUUCAGCACUAGAUUUUUUUUUUCUGUUCUUGAAAAUAGUUUGUGCUCUUUGAUUCUUGCUAUUGUUCUGUUUCCUGCAUUUUUUAAAAGGGCAUUGAGGAGAGGGUAAUUACUAUGAGUGAAAAAAAUAUUUUAGCUUAGUCUAAGCUACCUGCCUUCAAAAUAGUUUAGGGACCAUAAUCCCACCACCACCCCACCACCCAUUUUGUUUUAUAUCUGAACAUUUUCUAAUGAUUUGGAGAGAUGACUAUUUGCAACAAUUCUACAUAAUUCUACAGUGAUACAAUUUCUUGUGCUCACCAGUUUUUUAUAUUAGCAAGAUGGCCUAUUCCAGCAAGGUCAUAUUUUUUUAAGUUAUCUUUCAGGGUAAAAUGGAAACACUCUAAAGUCAGAAGUCAAACUUUAAUAUGUUUUCAGUGUUCUCUAAUUUUUAGGAGUUUUUGUAGCCUUUACACCUGGGGAAGAAAAGAUUUGUAAAUUCACCAAAAUACUUGUAUGCUUUAUUUUAUAGGUAAUGGUUGUUAGUGUUACAAUCCCCUUUUUAAAAAAAAAAGUACUAUUGGUUACUAUGUGGAGAUUUAUUGCCAUAUAUAUAUUGAAUCAAGAUAUAUUAACAUAAAAGUACUUGUGAAGUAAAAGCUUUCUUGUGUGUUUUCAACACUUGUAAACUGAAAGUCAGAAAAUGAAAUUUUUACUGUACAGCUGUACAGCAGAAAAUCUGGCUGUAGCCCUUUUUGAUAUGUUUGUUAAUACAAUGAUUCUUAAUGGGGCUUGUCAUAGUUCAAUAUGCACAGUAUCUUAGAUAAAUAUUGCUUAACCUGCAACCCCUUUUAAAAAUAAUGCAUAUUUGAUUUAUACUAUAAAAAGAAUGUCAGGUUAUUUGGAAACAUUUAGUGCACUAAACCUUUAAAGAAAUUGAAGAUUCAGGUGGAUGAACACUCAACAAAAGAUAGUGCUUUAUGUUAUAACUAUAGCUUUCAUCCCAUCUUUGAGAAGCAUUUAUCUGUAUAAAACAUAUUUUUGGAUAAAUAUAUAUAUAUUUGUAUCUACAGAAAGUCUCUAAAAAAAUUUGAGUAAAAUAUUUGGUUCCCUUUUCUAUAAUUAUUCUUUAAAAUUCAUAGAGCUCUAUUUGAGUUUUUCUUGUCUUUACAGUACAUGUAUUGCUCUUUUUGGUAUUCACAUCUUGUUCCCCACUUCUCACUUUUGUCACCAGCUAAUGUUUGUGCCAUUUUUAGUAUAAAAGUUGCAGACUCGUUAGGUCUGCAGUUAAAUAAGUUGCCGUGCUGCUAGAAAGUUGUGCUUUUGUUUCCAGCUGUUUACCUACUUCCUGGAAAAAGUAAGAGCUCUCUGUAGCAUCAUGGAGUUUCAGUGGAACCGAAUUUUUGCCACUAAAAACUGGCAUUAUAUUGAACUAUACAUUGAGAAAUCAAUCAGAAUAAAACUUUUUACUUUCACAAGCUGUA